AAUCAGAAGAUAAGAGCAACCAGGCAGGCACUAGCUUCACACCCUCCCUUGACGGGGCCACCUCCACCGUGACAAACAGCAGGCCUAAAACAGCUCCCGCCACGAACAACAAUUCGCACCACUCCACCUUUCCUUCCUUACUUCGCUUCACUUCAGAAACCCCAGCCGCCCCAGAGCCAGAGCCGCUCAUCACUCUCAAAUUAUCAUCUCCGUCUUUUCUCGAAUCCGUCGUACAUGACGACCUCUCGGCCAAUCCACUUUAUGUCAUCGAGACUCAAGAUAACACCACGAAGAUACGUCGCACAGAUACCAAGGGCCUCAUCAAUGUUUCCCGCGUCAGGUGGAGGGAGAAUGCAAAGUCUUCGAGGAGGAGUAGGGAACUUGUGGGGAUUCAGGUCGCAUUUGGCAAAGGGCCCUGGAAGCCUGCAGAAGAAUUCCUCGGCUACUCCUACGGUUCCCUACUGAGCUAUCGCAAGUUCUAUCUCCCCCACCAUCCUCACAGCAUGCGAUGGCGAAGAGUCGGUUCCUCGUAUUACUGUACGACUGCCAGUGUAAAGGGGCCAGUCGCCGUUCUCGAGCCUGCAAUUGUCACUGCGCCACCACAACUCAGAGUCUUCGAUGCCCUCCACAAGCCAGAUGCUUCGAGACCUCAGCGAACACAUGGUGGUGUCCCCAUAAGCCUCCUCGACUUCCUCAUGGUCACUUCCAUGCUUCUAGUCACCGAUGCCGACGAGUGGACAAACAUCACCCGAGCAGGCCCCGCAGUCGUCCAUCGCGAAGAUGACCAUAGCGUCGUCGACAUUCAACACCGUCCCUCUCGGGCCUCUUCCAGUCUCUCGUUAUCCUCGGAAGCUGUCUCCGCCGCCGCCCUCUCCGCUUCUGCCCUCUCCGCCUCUGUUCCAGAAAAUGUUCCUUCCAUAGAGCGGUGGCGGCAUAACAUACCGCAAUUACGGCCGAUAUCGCCGGAUAUCGUUCGAUCGAGCAGUCCCUCCAGCCCCGUGCACAAUUCGCGUGGUAGCCAGUCCUCUGACUCCACAGACACAAUUGCGACUCCCAUUUCUCCGGGAGCCUCUAGUCAGCCAUUCUCUAACCACUCUCAUUCACAUCCACUAUCUCACUCCAUCUCAUCGUCAUCAAAUUAUCGGCCGCGUUACGGUGCCGUACCUCUCGUUCCACCACCCGUUCCUUCAUCACGUGAAUUGCCCAUGCUCCCCCGCCAACACUCACAAUCCUACUCACGACACGACCAGCCAUGGUUAUACCCCGAUUCAUCCACGUCGAGUGGCGCUUCAAUGCAAGGCUUCUCGCCACGUACGCUCGGUUCAUCAUCUCUCCGUUCCCCUGCUUCACAUAUGUCCCUCCACUCCGGCCCGCAUAUCUUCGGCCAACCUUCCUCCUCUCGCUCACUUCCCCCAGUCCCGACAAAACCUCAACAAGAAGCUGCCGCCACCCUCCCUUCCCCCAUAACACCCAACGAUGGGCCUCAUCACGACCACUAUCCUCCCUCUAACUCGCACUCUACUGUCGGCUCGACUUCAAGCACCGUCUUACGUGUUCACCCGAAUCCACAACCCCGUCCACGGCCUUCCACAAAAGCACCACCAAAUUACGACGCAAGCGCCCGGGAUAAUCAGGUACCUUUCAUCUCGGUGCCACUCACGUCCGUGUCUCCCGAUGGUACUAUGGACCCUGCAGCGGUUCAGGCUGCGAUGAGGAACCUAAACCAGAUGGCAUUGGUACAGGACCAUCCGGAGGAAACAGCAGCUAUGCCAAGGGAUCCACCGCCUGCGUAUACAGAGACGGAUUCAUCUAGGGCUCCGGUAGCAGGUAGUAGUAUUGGCACGGGCACGGGUACAGGAAUCACUCAGGGAAUGCUGAGGGCGAUCAACAUGGAUCCGGAGGAGCCCGAGUCGUGAGAGUAAAGUGGAUUGCGUUUGUUAUUUCCUGUUGCACCUUUUUUUUUUUUACCCAAUGUGAGGCGUCAAAAUGUUGAUUCAGACUGAGCGUUCAUCGAUUACCUACCGGUUGCUUGCAUUAAUUUUUUUCUCUUUCCCAAGCUGCCUACGUCUUCGUGCAUAGACAUAUCUCCAUUUUUGUACUUUACCUUCUCUCCUUAUUGCCUCUGGAGCCUGUCUUCGAUCUUCUCCUUUCCCUGUGACAUAUAAUCGCCGUAGGACGGCUCAUUCCAGUUCAUAACUCACCCAGUUGCCACAUUGUUUUCUCCACAUCCAUCGUGGUGGCGGUCUUGUUUGCAUGUUGGUUUUCUUUGCCGUUAUUCGCUUCUGUUACGUGUUGCUUGCUUGCAUAUAUCCCUCCGCCUCCCACAUACGUACAUACAUACAUACAUAUAUACAUCCAUACAUACCACCACAUCGUGCCUGGCGUACUGUACCAACCCAAUGCAUCGAUCUCAUACUCUCUUUUUUUUCGCUCGUUUUUUAUCACUGUCAUAUAGUACAAUAAUUCAUCGCGCUUCCCGUCCAUCUCUUCACCUCAACCCACUUUGCAUGUUUGUUUGAAGCUCGGGCUUGCAGCUCGGCUUGAAGAUUGCUCAUGUUCGUUUGACAGAUUCGGCAUCGACACAUCACUCGUCCUUCGUUUACACUCUCAUUGUCUCCCUCUACCUCUACGUGCACCAUCAACCGCUAUGUCUGAUUUUCGUUACAACUCUUAGGCACACUGUUGGCACUCAACAUCCGGCCAUCCAUCCAUCCGUCCAUCCAUCCGUCCGUCCAUCCAUUCAUCCAUCCACUGACCCAUCUCUCAAACUGUCCCGUCCACUCUCUGUCGAUUUUGAUUUUCCUUCUGUAUGUACACAGUUUGUUUAUCACAUUUUACAUAACUCAAUCUAUCAUUCACAUUUCCCUCCGGGCCUACACAUACACGAUAUUCUUUCAAGUUGUAAAUACAUCCCUCUGGCUCGCCGUCUUCUCUGCUCUAGUCUCACUCCCUGUCUUCCCUCUCCUCGAUGUCUCUAUU